ACGACUCUUGCGACGCAUUCCAUGGGCGGAGCGCUGUCGAGUGCGGAUGCGCGGGUGCGACUGGAGCGGUACCUUCCGUUCACAGAGACGGAGCAAGAUGUGCUCAAUCACUGCGCGUCGAGUGUGUCCAGGUCGACUGCGCUGGGACUGCUGGGCGGAUCGGCGCCGCUGCUGGUGCUGUCGCGCCGGUUUCCGACCCGAAUCAACGUCUUCACCUACAUGAUCGGAGGUGGGUUCGGGCUCUGGCUCGGCUAUCGUGCGGGAGUGAGCUCGUGCGAGGAGCGACUGGCGAGCAACACGGACUCGGCGUUGCUGGCCGAGCUCAAGGUGCUGAUGCAGGAGGCUGCCCCGUCGCGGACCGACUUUCCCUGGCAGUACAUCUCGUCCGACGAGUUGGAGGCCAUGCGGGCCGCAGAUGUUCGUGAGCCGCCGCGGGCGGUGCGGCGGACCCAGCGCGCGCUCGAGCAUGGCGCAGCGGUGGUGGUGGGGAGCGAAUGGGAGGGCGAUGAUGGCGAGAGAGAUGGCGAGGCUGACGCUAGCGUCCCCGAGCCAGCCACCGUCGCGCAUGAGCCAGCCGCACCACAGUUACGGCUGGUGCCGCAGCGGCGGCUGGAGGACCGGGCCACAAGUCCGUGGAACGACCCGAUGCUCACGCCUGACCGCUCUCAUGGAGCACCGCCUGUGCAGAAAGUUAACGAUGCGGGUGGACCUGAAGAGAACUCGUACUAUCGGCUGCGCGAGCGGGCACGGCAGCGGAGCAGGGUCGGCGGCGAGUGAGAACAUGCCCCCAAAGUGCGGUGGCUAGGCGGGAGUGCGAAACCCAUUUGGGGGCGGAGAGCAAAAUUUCGCUCUCGUACUUGAACUUGCGGCGUGCCACGCUUUUCUUGGUGUGGACAGUCACUUGAACGUGACGGUCUGCGCGGGAAGAGCGCUAUUUUCGUGUAGACGCUGGGUCCUUGUACGCCCUACAGUCUCCGCUAGGACAUCCCCGAUGGGGGACGCCCUCUCGGAGUUAAAAAUGCGGAAACCGCAGGAGGCGAGACAUCGAACACUGUCACCGCAUGCUGGGGAAAGGUGCAGGGACGGCCUAGCUGAGCGAGGUGGCGUACACUACCGUGCAAAUGAUCGUCAGGGACUUGAGUCAUUUGCCAGGGUCUUGCGGCGGGGACCUGUAGCACUAGCCUAA